AUGGAAGAAUUGAAUAACGAACGGAUUGCAAUAACAACAAGCACAGUACAAGACUAUUGUAUUUUUCAUAAAAUUAAUUUUGAUGAAUCAUUAUUUCAGGUUGAAUGUUCAAAAUUAAAUUACUUCAAAAUUGAUGUAGCAUUAAAAGAUGUCAUGACUUCAUCUCCGAUGAAUGUUAUCAAUGAUUUUCAUAAAUUAGUCUCAGUUACUACUCAUAGAAUUCCAAAAGAAUUUAUUUUCUUUAUUGACGAAAUAGGAUAUCAACUAACACCAACAUCAAUCCUUCAAUACGUUAAGAGAGGAACUGAACAUGAACCAAGAAUACUUGAAAGAGAGUCUAAACAAUCUAAUGUAUGUGUUUGUAUAUGUUCUGAUGGUUCAUUUCUUCCUUUAUUAGUAUGUUUACCAAAAAAAUAUAUAAGUAGUUUAAUAGAUAAACAAUACAUUUAUUUUUGUGACGCACAUUCAUUAUUUUAUUCUUCGUCACAUUUUGUUCAUUGGGUUUGUGGUUCAUUAAUUCAAAAAAUAAAUGCAAAAAGAAAAAAGUAUAGAUAUUAUGGUGAAAGUUAUAUUAUACUUAAUGUUUAUUAUAAGCAAUAUCUUAUUCCUUUAAUGGAUAUUCUUCGCCAAAACAAAAUUCAACUUUUAUUUUCUCCAAAACGAUAUUUUGACUAUACAGAACCAAUGGUACAAAUCACUUUUAUGUUAGAAAAAUAUAUCGUAGAACAUUAUUUUAAUAAUGUUAUUGGACUUAUUGACCAACCUAAAUUAAAGGUUGGUGAAAUGGUUGAAUUUCUUUUAAAUUCAAAUAAGCUUAUUUCAGACUGUUGUGACAAUUUCUUCUUUUCAUUUAAUGAAUUCCAAAAACAAACACCUCCAACUGAUUCAUUUCUCUGUCCUGAACCAGUUCCUUAUAAUUCAAUAGAUAAACAGAUAAUAGAACCUCUUCAUAACAAAUUAAAAUCUUGUAGUUUACCACAGUCUAACCCAAUAAAAUAUUCAUCUGUUGAUUUCUUUCAGAAACUGGAAGAAAUUUAUUUUUUGACUACUCAAGAAACAACAAACACUCAACAUAAUAAACAAGUGACUUUAAUAACUGAACCAAAACAAGACUCUUCAUGUUCUGAAAUAGAAAAACAAAAAACUAUAUUUCAAGACAAAAGUGUAACAAAUAAAGGAACAAAUUCAGAGCCAAUUUCUAUAUCGAGUGAAGAAGAUUUCACUACCAUUCAAAACAAAAAUAAAACUAUUAUUGUAUUAGAUGAUGACCAAUUCACAAACCAAAUAGAUACAAAAGAUAAAGAAGAACAAAACAAAGAGAAUAUUAAAAAGAGCAUUGAGACUGAAGGAUUUGCUAAGUUAAAUAUUCUAGAAAAUGAAAAAAAAGAAAAGGCUUGUAGUAAAAAACAAAACAGUAAUAAUAACGUUAUUACAUCUACGUAUAAUACUUUUGAAGUUAAAACAAACGACAAUACAACACUUUCUCUUCAAGUACAAAAAACUCCAAAAAGAACAAAAGAAUUAAAUAUAAAACAACAGGUAUAUCUAAGAAAAGAAAAAGAAGAAAAUCUCCUGACACAACAACAAAAUGAAAAAAGUCAGACAGUAUCAUCAUUGAAAAUAAAAAAAGAAGAGACAACUCUUACUAUACCUAAUCAACAACAAAAAAAGGACGAAGAGACUUUUUGUCAUCCUAUGGAAGCAGAAAAAAUAAAAUCAAACAAAAUUACUGUUUUGCCAACAGAAAAAAAACAUCAUAUUAAUGAAAAUGAAUAUAUUGAAAUAGAAAUUAGAAAAAUUCCAAUUAAACAAGAAGUCAUUGAAGAAUUAUUUGAAGACAUUCAAAAUGAAAAUAAAUUUGAACAUAUUGAAAUAAUUAAAGAAGCAAAAAAAAUUAUUCAAAAACAAAAAGAAAUAAAACAAAAAAGAAAAGGUUGUUAUUCACCAAUUAUUUGUAUUUCAACAAUAGUAAAAGCUAUAGAAGAAAGUAUUAAUAAUAAUAACACCAAUAUAAUAACAAAUAUUAAAACAACUUUUAAUGAAUUAAUAACAAAAGAAAUAGCAAUAACAAAAACUACAUUUAAAAUGAUUUGUGAUGAAUAUUCUCUUUCUAAUAACUUUAGAAAAGAAUUUUUAAAAGAAACAAAUGAAUAUUGGAAAUAUAAUAAAAUUGAACUAAAAAGUCAUAUUUUAGAAGAAGAACAAAUAAACAACUUUCUCAAUCAAUCUAAACAACUAUUAAAUAACCUUUCACCUUCACUUUUUAUAAAUAUUAUUGAUAUUGGAAAACAAACUUAUGAAAAAGAAUUAGAAGUAUUAACAAUAUCAGAUAAGAAAUAUUGGUUAGAUGUUGAAAGUAGAAUGUCAUGGAUUAUUUGUGGUAUUACUGGAAGUGGUGAAGAAAUUCCUUCAUUGUGUUGUUUACCAAAAACAGAAAUUGAAGAAUUAAAAUUAGUUUUUGAGUAUAACACAAUAUUUGUUGAACAAGAAAUACCUGGAAUAAAUAAAAAGAAUAUUAAUUUAUGGAUGAAAGAAUCUAUUAUUCCUUGGAUUAAUUUCAUAAAAAAACGAGACAAUAUUAAUACUGAAGCAGUUAUAAUGUUAGAAGAAGGAAUGAAUAAUUUUUUUGAUUAUGAAGAACUUAACAAACAAAAGAUAAAAUUAUUAAUUGUUCCAAAAGGAGGAAAAAAUAUUAUGCCAAUAACAAAAUUAGAAAAUAAAAUUGAAUUAGAAUGGCUCAGUUGGGGAGAAUUAAGUAAAAGAAACAAACAAACAUUUAGUUUUGGAGUAUUGAACAUUCUUAAAUAUUUAACAAAACAAGAAAUUAAGGAAAUGUUUGAUAAAAUAAUGAUAAAUAAUAACCAAACAUUCUCAUUAACAAAAAAUGUUAUUUUUGAAAUUUCUAUCCCAAAACUUAUCACUAAUGAUUUUGACAAAAUUAAUCUAUCUAUCGAAGAUAAUAUUGAUGCUAUAACAACAUUCAACCUUAAAAAUAUGGAACCUUAUUUAAAAAAUAUUAUUACAAAAAUUAUUACCUCUUCACAAUUCUCAAAACUUAAAACAAAAGGAAGUCAAAUAGAGUAUUGUUUUAAUCAAUAUCCAUUAUACGCUGAAAAAUUACUUCAAUGUAUGAGAAUAAAUUCAACUAAUAGUAAACAACAAUCCUUUCCUGAAAAAAAAGAAAAUGAUUAA